GGUAUUAGACCGUCAAAUCGGCCGGGAAUCGGUCCGGCGAACCAAACCGGGACCCGGCCGUUUUCUGAAUUUUUCCAAAAACCGCGCUGCUUGGAUUGAGGAACCCUAACCAUUCCCCAACCCUCACUCCAAAACGGCGAAACGCGCAGCACUCCUCCCAUCACCCUCGACCUUGAGCUGCUCCUUCUUCUCAUCGUCACCGAGCUCCUCCCUCACUCCCUGACUUCUGUCCAGCCACCGGCCUGCUACCGCCGCUGUCGCAACAUCGAGCUUCGGAGUCACUGUCGCAACAUCAAGCUUCGGAGUCACUGUCGCAACUUCCUUUCCCUCGAUCGUGCAGCCACCGUUUGUGCUUCGAAACCACCGUCACCGGUCUCGCCUCCUGCCUCCGUCCCGCAGCUACUGCCCCGCCGGCGCCAACUCUGUUCCACCGGUCAGCCCUUCGGAUUAUAUACUCUUCCUGAGCCGGAGGUGAACUUCUUAGCCAAACUGGUGGCUUUGAAACCCGGAGAUACUGUGCUUGGCAUGAUAAGAAAUGUAAUGCAAGGAAAAGAUGAAGGUGAUGACAAUGCUGGUAAUGUUGAUGAAGGAAAUGCUGAAAGGGUAAGUUGAAUCGGCAAAUGUAUUACUUAACUGGAGUAUGUUAAGUGUGAGUGGUAAGAAGUAAAAAUUAAAAAUGGGGUAGAAAAGCCUAAGAUGGAGGAGAACACAGUGUUAUGCAAAUUUUAGGCAAUAAAUAUAUUACACGCAGCAUAUCAAUGUGCUCCUUUUCUUCUGUCAUUUAGUUGUUAGGGGGGACCUUUAGCAAAUUCUUUAGGAAAAUAAAUCAUUUCUCUUUUCCUGCGUGAGAACUUAUAUAAAAUUUUAUACACAAAUCUCAUCUAUGAAACAUUCUCCCCCAUCUUGAUUCUGUUAACAUACUCACCCUAAGUUUUAUGCAUGAAUGCAAAUUAUAGCGACAUAACAUGUAUACCUUUCAUUAUAAUCAGGUGAGUGUGACAGGAAGGAAGUCGCAUCCAGUACGUCCUGGCAUAUUUCUUUAGACCGUCUCCAGAUUAAUGUCAAAGUCAUGCUUGUUACAUUUUAUUCUUUGGUAUGAAGCAAAUUGGACUAAGAUGAUAUCUUUUAUGCACUCUUUUAUUGUUUUUGUUGUCUACAGUGAAUUUGAAGUGUCGUGGGUUUCACCCAUGUGAUCAUCUUCUUAAAUUAGAGCUUGUGAGUUUAUGCUAAUUUUGUAAGAGAGCUUAUUUGGUUUAUGUUUCUUUUGUUAAAAACUUUAUGUUCCUGAAGAAUAUCUUUGUAAAGACUUUAUCAUAGUAUAUGUCACAGCUUAUAAAUGGAAACCAAAUGAGCUGUAACUCUCUUGCAUGCUUAUUUCUUUCUGUUUGUUUGAUUAAAGUGCUUAACUUAUGUAUUCUUAGGACUGAGUGAACUAAUAUCAAGACAAAUUGUAAUGUUUGCUUGAUUUAAUGCAAGGGCAUCCUCUGUUCUUCUCACCUCCCUCUCCUCUCAAUCACUGGUCACCAUCGAAGAGCUCCAGUUGAAGCCAAGCCCCUGUCAUCGCCGCCAGUACCACCACCGCGUCGCCGUCGUCGGACCACUGUGACCAAGGAAUGGAGCAUUUGGAAAUUGUUAAACGAUGAAUAAAAAUUCAAGAUCAGUGAGAAGCUUGAACAACUUGGAUGAGUUUUUCAACUAAACCCAAGCUUAUCAACGUGGUUGCAGCCGCAGCCGUCGCAACACCGCCUCCUCCAGCUCCGGCGUCAAUAUUAGCCUCUGCUCAGCCACAUCGGUUCUUCAGUGUUCCUUUAAACUGUACCAACAUGUUCUCUUUCUUAUUCCUCUCUCUCUCUCUCUCAUCUUCCUCAAGCUUUUGCAGAUGUUUCUAAUUCUCCACUAUAACCCUUCUUCCUAGGCUCUUAGAUUAGAUGAGUUUUGCUACACAAAUCCUCAGCAUUUCACAUAAAUCAUUUCAAUUUAUAAAACGGUUUUCAUUUUUUGCAACCCCUAAGCUUCCUUCACAGUCCUCCGCCACCUCCAACCUAUUAACAGUCAAGAAGGAACAAAGCAGCGUCGUUUCAGUUCCGAGGACACCAUUUUUCCAGAAGCUUCCUUUGCGCGACUUAUACCGUCGGAUCUUCACGGCUCCUGAAUCGCCGUCCUUGGUGGUUCCGAUAAUCGAGAAGUGGAUUAGAGAUGGCGGAACUGUUAACUACAACAGACUCCUAUCUGUUAUCAGGAAACUCAGAUCACGCAGAAGAUAUAGAAACGCCCUCGAGGUAUCGUCAUGGAUGUUUGAGAAAGGGUUUUUCAAACAUAAAUCUGGAGAUCUUGCGAUAAGAUUGGACUUGAUUGGGAAAGUUAAUGGACUAGAAGAAGCAGAAUUCUAUUUUAAUAGCAUUCCAAAGUACUUACGAACUGGAGAAUGUUACAGCUCUCUUCUUAAUUGCUGUGCUCAUGCUAGGGAUGUGGGUAGUGCAGAGCGCAUCAUGGAGAAGAUGAGAGCUUUGGGUUUUGCAAGGUCGAUUUUGUCAAGAAAUGUUUUGCUUAAUCUCUACUAUCAAACACAGAACUAUGACAAAUUGGAAAAUUUGGUAUGUGAAAUGCAAGAAGAGGGUAUUAAUUUCAAUAGCUAUACAUUUGGUACCCUGAUAAGUGCUUACGCUGCCACUUCUAAUACGGAGGGAAUUGACAAGCUUCUCGCACAGUUAGAGCAUAAUUGGAUUCAGUACUGGCAUUUAGAUUGGACUGUUUAUGCUAUUGCAGCCAAUUGUUAUAGGAAACAAGGACUCUUUGAUAAAGCUUUUAAUGUCUUAAAGAAAUCAGAGAGGCUCAUAACUAACAAAAAGAGGAGAGUGGCCCUUACUUUCCUUAUGACUCGAUAUGCAGCGAUAGGCAAGAAAGAAGAAGUGAUGAGGUUAUGGAAAAUUUUAACAACAGAUGGGAAGUUAUACAGUAGAGCUUAUUUAGCUGUAAUUGCUUCAGUUCUUAAGUUUGAUGACUUUGAAAGUGCUGAGAAUAUAUUUAAGAAUUGGGAAUCUAAAAAUCUGGGUUUUGAUAUUCGGAUUCCAAACUUGAUUAUUGGAGCUUACAGCAAGAAGGGCAAUAUGGAGGCAGCUGAAUCUGUUGUUGAUUGGACAAUCAUAAACAACGGAGAGCCAAAUUCAAAGACUUGGUCCUAUCUCUCAUGUGGGUAUAUUGAACAAGGUAAUUUUUCAAUGGCUAUUGAAUAUAUCAAAGAAGCCAUUUCUGUCUGUGAAGUGGGGCCUCACUGGAUGCAAUUUUGGGAAUCUUUGGCUGCCAUUUUUGAAUACUUGAAAAGUAAAGGAGAUAUGAAGGAAGUAGAGGAGUUGGUACGGUUACUUAGGAGCAAGGAUCUUGUCUCCCUUGACGUUCACAAGAAGUUGAUGAAUUGGAUUAAGGAUGUUGAAUCAAAUGUGCAUGUAAUUGAUGUGUUCUUUGGAGAUUCACGUAAACAAACAAAUGUAGUUUCAAAAGCCAAGGAAUACAGAUGCAGCAAUGAUAAGCAAUUCUUGCAAUAGGUCUUGCAUUUGUUGUACACAUUUUUGUAUAUGUAGGUUAGGAUUACCAAUUUAACCUAAUGGCUUGCUGUCAUAGUGUCAUUCAUGAUCUAUGUAUGCAUCUGUGUAAAAUGCCAGGUUAUUUUUUGUAUAAACUCUUAAAUUGAUAGAGUUAUCCAUUUCAAAUAACACUGAAAUUUAAAUGUGUACGUGUUGAAUAUGAUUUCCGACCAGAAAAGGUGUUGAAUAUCAUUAUAGAAACAGGAAAGAUGAU